GGGUAGGAAGGUCGGAGUUACAUGAAAGAACAAAACGAGGUUCGGCUGAAGCUGAGACAUGAAAGAAAGAAAUCUAUAUAACGCGUCAAGUUAAACGUACGUCCAGUCCAACUCUAACAUCUUAACCCCUCUACUCGCCAUGACGUCCACCAUCUAUCGUCGUCAGUCUAUGGCAACUCUAUAUGAGAAACUUCGCGCUCAAGACGGGGAGGAUCAUAUGGCUUGGCUUGCAGAAGUUACUGCCGAGUUUGACACAGAGGACAAGCCAGAACUCUUUGUUCCUUCUGUCCCAAGUCCACCUUCAGUGAUUUCAUCCGGUUCAUCUUCAGCCUCUUCUUCGCCUCAAAACUCAAUAACUUCAUUGGACUCGAAUGAUCAAUCCGAAGGCGAAUCCGACACCGACUCUGACUCGGACUCAGAGAUCGAGCCCAUUGAUAACACAGACGGGAUUCUCUUUCAGCCUUAUGACCCUAUCCAAUAUUCCCCCUCAGACUUCCUGGCCCACAAUCUCGAUCCAGUCGCGGAUCUUCCUUAUAUCCCUCCCGUCGAGUUCCACCCUCCCAUCAGCUUUGAGUACGACACAGUUCUCCAAGUUGCGCCUACAAUGGAACCCACUCCCUCCUCUUCCUUUGUUCCUCAACCGGCUCCCCAGCAUGCAUUUGCUACAAUGAACUACUCCUUGCCGUCUAUCCCGCGUUCCACUCGUUCCUUCUCAAAGCGUAACGUUUCUGCUGUGCUACAUGAUUUAGAUGACGAUGCCGACGGGCAGAGUGAUGCAGAGGAAACGGACGAUGAAUAUGUCCCUUCAUCUUCGCGUAAUCCGAAGAAACGUCGUUGUUCCACGCGUAAUACCAACGCGCCUGCCUACGCUCUUAGCAAUGCCGCGCCCCAAUACGCGUCAUCUCCCGCAAAACGUUCUCGCCCUGCCCCCCCUCCCCGGAACACUCAAGCAAUCCCUGGCACUAAUCUCAGCUCUGCGAGUAAAUCCAACCCUUGGGCUUGUCCCUACUGCAAGUGGGUUCAGCGCAACCAUCGUACGCCUGACCUUAAACGACAUAUCCGCACGCAUACGCGUUUCGAAAGACCUGCACAGUGGGUCUGCUGUGGUAUACCCAUCGAAUCGGCUACAAUUUACAACAUUCCGCACGGCGCAACUCCAUACAUUCAUAACGGAAAACAAAUGAUUGGAGGAUGUGGGAGAGAGUUCAGUCGGCGGGACGCGCUGAAACGCCAUCUGGGCAAUGACCACAUCUCUUGUGUUGGAGAUAUCGACGCGUUCGCUAACGUCUACGACGACUGAAUCACGAAUUUUGAUGAUGAAACGAUCCCCUUUGUGAUGACCGUCAAGAUCAUCUGAUAGCAUUUACCUAUAUGUAUUAUCAAGUAUACCAGACUUCGACCCUAAUCUCUCUCAUUCGGAACACGCGUGCUUAUGCAUAUGUAUGUAUCACCUCCUGCCAGCUGCCGCUGCACCGAACUAUUCUGUACAUUCCUUACUGCAAUUUCUUAAAUUCGUCGCGGUCCUUGUAUCACCAUGCAACCCUCCGUAGAAAAAUUCGCAUUCAACUAAAUCUGAUUUUCUCCGAACGAGCUCGAGGUCACUGAAAAGUGUACGAUACAACAAACUGGGUAUUUCAUAGAAUAUCAACCCCGUAUCUGUCUCAAACGCGGCGGUCGCUAGACGUAUGAGUCAAUGGAAGGGUUUGUUACA